CACAGCUGAGCGGACUGCAGACCACCACCUUCCUUCCAGCGACCAAUUUGUGAGCGGCUCGACGCUGAGCACAAUGCCGUUAUGUACUCUAAGAACAAAUCUCCCUGCGUCGAAAUUCAGCACGGAUUUCGAAUUCGAAUUCGCCCUUCAAAUCGCUAAGGUGCUACAGAAACCGAUCGAGAAAGUAAUCAUACACGUGGACCACGAAUGUAAUAUUCGCCGUGGAGGUGACAAAGACAAGCCAGUGCUCUGGCUCAACAUACAGACGAUAGAUCGAUUCGACAAAGACUCCAACCACAAGUACGGCCCGCCUAUAAAAACGUUUCUUGCAAACGCGCUAUCUCUGGAUGAGAAGUAUAUCACUAUCUCUUUACAAGAUCUAUCUGCAGCGAAUUUGUUCUGAAAUUGUUCGUCGAUGGCCAGAGCAAAUACAGUGAACUC